AUGGGGUUCGUUGAUGAAGGCCUUGCCAGCAAGGUCACGGUCCCGAGCUUGAUCUUGGCCCUCGUAGGAUAUUGCGUCCUGCGGGUUGCAUAUCAAAUCGUGUAUUACCGCUUCUUCCACCCCCUUUCUGUCUUUCCCGGUCCAUUCUGGGGGAGCGUGACUCGUCUGUGGAUCGCAUGGCACAAUGUUCGUGAGACGGAGCUGCCAGCGGUCACAGCCUUGACGAAGAAAUAUGGACCCGUCGUCCGCAUCACUCCCACCCUCCUACUCGUCGCCGACCCGACCAAACUUCCGGAAAUCUACCACCGUAAUGCCGACAAGACCGGCCACUACAUCACGGGCAGCUUCGGCGAGACCGAAUCCCUGUUCAACAUGCGCUCGCACAAGACUCACGCCUCGUUCCGCAAGCACGUCGCCGGCCCGUACAGCUUCACCAAUGUCAAGAGAAUGGAGCCAAUGAUUGAUGCCCGCAUCAUGUCCUGGCUGGACAAGCUGAACGAGAACUUUGCCCAGACGGGCGACGCGGUUGAUUUUGCCUGGUGGGCAGUGUACAUGGCCUACGACGUCAUCAGCGAAGUCGGCUUUGGCGCCCCCUUUGGCUUCAUCGAACAAGGUAAGGACGUCGGCGGUCUUAUCCAGGGGUUCCACGACGGACUGCCCGCGUUCGGCAUGCUCGCGCGUUUGCACCCCUUUACCAGCUGGAUCAAGACCACCUGGAUGAAGAAGUACUUUGUCGCCAAGCCCGAGGACGACUCGGGCAUCGGCGUGCUGAUGCGCUUUCGGGACAGCCUGAUCCAACAGCGCCUCGACGAUGUCAAGAACGGAAAAGCGCUCGACCGCGUCGACCUGCUGCAGACCUUUAUCGAUGCCCGGACCGAGGAGGGCAACCCCCUGGAUCUGGAAUACAUCAAGGCGGAAGUGCUCCUGGUGCUCCUGGCUGGUGCCGAUACCACCGGAACUGUCUUCCAGGCGAUGAUCCCCUACCUGAUUCAGACCCCGGGGGUCUACGACAAGAUGAUGGCCGAGAUCGAUGAGGCCGCCCGGAAGGGCAUUCUGGGCGCCGGCAUUGCCCAGUAUGCCGACGUUCUUGAGCACCUGCCCUACUACGUGGCCUGCGUGCGCGAGACGCUGCGACUGUGCCCCCCGGCCCCCAACAUCUUCCCCCGCGUGGUGUCCGAGCCGGGCAUGAAUCUUUAUGGCAAGUAUGUGCCGGCCGGUACCGAGAUCUCGGGCAAUCCGUGGAUCAUGCAGCGUGACCAGACAAUGUUCGGCGACGACGCCGAGGAGUUCAAGCCUGAACGGUGGCUCGAUGCCGAAAAGGCCAAGCUCUUCAACAAGUACCUGUUCACCUUUGGCUACGGAGCCCGCAUCUGCUUGGGGAGGGAAAUCGCGAUGAUGGAACUGUACAAGGGACCACUCGAGCUCUUCCGCCGCUUCAAGCUCGAGUUUGUCCCAGGCAAGCCGGCCCCAGAGUUCACGAUCAAGGGCGGCGUUGGCUACUGGCGCAACGUGUGGCUGACUUUGUCCAAGCGUCCUGCCGUUCUGGCCCAGUAA